UCUAUCAUCUAUUCAGUUAUUGUAUCAUAGUAGUGUUAAAUAUGCUUAGAAAGAAAACCUGUGAUAGUAGUAUGGGGACUUCUGAUUGGUCAACAUAUAAAGAAAACUUUUGUGAUUUAUUGGAACGUCAACACGAGACACCGAAACGAAAAAGACGUUUCUUGCGUCGUAAAAAUGUUACUCUUUCAAGCAUAUCCCAAGAAAUAGACUCUUCAUCUUGCAGCGGGGAUGAGAGCUGCAACGUAACCAAUGGCGACGCUUUUCAGCCUUUGUCAGAAGAUAUGUUUUCAAGUCCUGUUAUGCAUAGGAUGUCUCCGAGCAAUCAUAUAAAAAGCACUCCUUCAGGAAGCCCAAUUUUGCUUAAAAGUGGUCAAAAAACACGGACUAAUUCACUAAUCCCCUUGAGUCCCAUCACCCCUGGUUUAAAAUGGGACAAGUCUCUAGAUAGGAGCGUUUUUUCUGUUCACGUUCAAGAUUCGUGUCACGAGAAUUUUAAGACGCAUGAACAGACGUUGUUAGCAAUGCCGCUGGAGUUUAGCGACGAUGAUGAAAUAAAUGAUGAAUUCACUCAAGCGGAAAGUACGUUUGUCAAUAGCGACAUUGCCAAUAACAACGAAAAGUUAACACAAGACGAUGAAAUUGAGAUUCAUGAGCCAGAUUCUCAAGUAAUGAAUUUCGAAUCACCUGCAAAAGAGCUUGACACAACCGGUUCAAAAUGGUUGAAAAUAAUAAAAGAAAAAAUUGAUGAAGAGUGGCAGCAAAAAACUGCAAAAUUUGUUGAAAAUAGCAGUUUUUUGAAUCAAAACACAUCUUAUUUUGACUCUGGAAAAAAGGGAAAAUUUGUAAAAGGUGGGCUAGCAGAGCAGUUGACUCGUGUUUUGAAAAAGGAAAAUUCACAGAAAUCGACUUUCCAUCAAAAAAUCAAAGCAGGAAAAAUCGUGAAUCAAAAAUCUCCAAGUUUGCUGUUAAAAGUUAUUUCAAUACAAAAAGAGGGAAUCUUGCACAUUUUUGAAUGCAAAGAAGAUGCUUCUAAUCAGACAGGAACAGGAUACUUUACGUUAAUUCUCCCGGAUGAAUUUGUUUCGGAUUUAAAAAUAAACUUGGGAUCAAAUUUGAAAAUUUUUUCACCAUAUUACUCUGUUGAAGUAGACAAAUCCUUGCCGAUUGUUAUACUUAGUGCAUAUUGUGUUGUCACAGAAGAAAAUUUUGCAUGUUUAUCAACGUCUUCAGAAAAAGUUUCACAAAAUUCACAAUCACAAGAAAUAUCAAAUAAGAAAAAUUGCGAAAGUUUAUUAAAAUGUCUUGAAGCUCAAAGCUCCAUUGAAGACGGCAUAACUAUUGUUACUACAAUUCUUAGGAUAUUUCGCCGAAAUACAAACAGCCCACGAAGACUGAGUUAUCUUUGCAGUGAUGCUUAUGGGACAUUUUUUGUUGUGGACAUUGGAGCUGAUUUCAAUGAUUCUGAAGCAUUAGAACUUGUAGAAAACUGUGAAGGCCAGCGUGUCGUUUUUGAUAAUUUGAUGUCUAGUGGUCGCAUGACGAAAUCCCAAUUCCCUGCGCUAUUUAGCGUCGUUGAUUCGAUAUGGACCAGCGACGGCAGAGGACUCGUUCAUGUCAAUAGCAGCCAAGAAUCAGGGAGUACAACACAAGAUAGUGUGCAUCUACUUCCACCUAGUUAUUGUUAUUUUCUUCUUGCUGGAAAAUCUAGCAAAUUAGUUAUGCCCAGAAUUGACGCAAAAAGGAUAUGUGAAAACAGAAUGUGUCAGAAAUACAAUAUCCCUUCAGUAAAAAGCCAGUUAAAUCGGCCGACUAAUGGAAUUCCUGCACCUCAUGACGUUCUAUACAAACAUUCUAAGAUUCUCUCUUUAGCAGAAAUUAAGCUUUAUUCUACGGAGCGACACGCUCGUUUUUCAACUAUUGUGAAAUAUAUAGGCAUCGAAUCAAAUACUUGUCAUAGUCAAGAUUUGUAUUGUAAUGAGCAUCCUAAUGAUGUCAUAAUGUGUGUUUCAGAAAGUUCUGGGAAUUCCCCUCCCACAAAUUUAAAUAUUGUUGUUAAAAUGCCCUGCUACAUACCCGAAAAACUUAACCCUGGUUGUGAUGUCAUAUUCAAAGAUUUAUAUUUUAAUGAUGAUGUCAUAAUUGCAGAUUCAUGCAGUAGAAUUGUUGUUUUCAAUUGUAAUUGUGACAUACAUAAUGUACUUUGUCAAGAUGUGCCAGACAGCAUAUUAUCAAAGAUCUGUCUUUAAUUUUUUUUAUACAAUGCUUAUUUCUUUCCCAAUGUCGUGGCCCUGUACUGAAGGCUUUAAGCAUUCAUGGCCCCUUGUUUAUUAUUCCAGAGAUAUUUAUGGUGUUAUUUUGAUUGGUGGAUUCCAAAUCCCAUUAUGUUCAAACAAUUCAUGCACAACAAAGUGAAAACAUGCUGUAAAAUAACCUUAUCAAGCAAUGAAACUAGAUAGUUUUCUUGUGAAGUGAAAAGUAAAAUCAGUUUUUCCCCUAACAUCGUGGCCCCCCUUUUGUGCCCAACUGCUUUGUGUGGCCCCUUUGAGAUUAGGAAGUGGGCGUAAGGCAAUUGGCCAUCGGGUGUUAGUGCUAACUUUUUCAAUCAUAUUGAUUUUGGUUAAUUAAUCACCUAGCUGAUUGAUUGACCAAAUUAAUUUUCUUUAGUAUUGUGCGAGAUAUUGAUCUUAAGCUGGUUUAAUGAAUUAAAAUUGUAUCAUUUGUAUUCUCACUUCAGUCGUUUUUAAACUGCUACGGUGCUCGUAGUGAAAGGAAUGAGUGAACCUCAUAAUAUCAAUUAGAAUUUAAUAUUUGGCUCUGGCUGCAAAUACUGUUUUGAUAAAAAUUCUCUAUCUUAUUCAGAAGCUGAGAAGCUGAACUAAGGCAGUCGUUCCCAAACCGCGCACGCCAAACUUGAGUGAAAUAGUGUAAAACCCUAUAUUUUUGCGUUCUAGAUACGGGCAAUUCUUACGUCAUUAUCGCUGUUUAAGCAUGUGUAUAUUCGUUACAAAUCAAUUAUACCGGUAGCUCAAUUAUACAUACCGGUAUAGGCCUCUUGCGGGCGCCUUUCUAUCACGGCCUGUGAAUAUCCUUCUGGUUUGAGUUUUGGCCCCAAUUAAGCAACUUUGGGCAUUACUGAACUAAUGUAGCAAUACUCGUUUGACUGAGAUGUUGCUAGUGGCAAAUUUUAACUAAAAUAGAUUGUAAAUUGGCCAUGCGAAUAUCACCAAAUGUAUGUGUUCGAUACCCAUUAAAGCUCUUUUGUUGCCAAGUUUUAAAUGAAGUUCUUUACCUAUUGGUAUAUUUAAAGUUAUUGUUUCAUUUUUAUUACUAAUUGCAAGACUUUUCAACCUUUUUAUUUUCGUUAUUUGAUUUUUCAAAAAAUUUUUACUUUUUCAG